AUGGCUACCUUCUUCUCUGACCUGGUUCAGUUCCGGGGACUAUUUCAAAUGAUCUUAGUUCUGGGAAUUGGUGGUAGUUUCCCAUAUGGAUUCCACAUUUCAGUCAUCAACUAUCCUUCUGUACACAUCAGGAAGUUUAUUAAUGAAACCUGGAUAGAGCGACAUGGCUCUCCCCUCCAUCCUGAGACAAUCAUGCUGUUAUGGUCCUUCAUUGUGUCUGUUUAUGGGAUAGGAGGAUUCCUGGGGAGCCUCUGCUGUGGCUACCUGACUACAAAAUAUAGGAAGAAAAAGUGCCAGAUGUGCACCAACCUGAUCAUGCUGGUAGCUGCACUUUUCAUGGCCUUCAGUAAAACAGCCAAAUCCUUUGAGAUGAUUCUGGUCGGACGCUUUCUCUAUGGCAUUGGUACAGGUUUUUCUCUCAAUAUACAUCCUCAGUAUGUAGGAGAGAUUUCACCCAAGAAGCUGCGUGGAUUUACCAACUCCACAGUUGCUGUUUUUCUGACACUGGGAAAACUCACAGGACAGGUUAUUGGACUACGGGAGAUUUUAGGAAGCGAAGCUUUGUGGCCAUGGUUGUUAGCAUCUAGUGGACUGUCAGCAUUGAUUCAACUGGUUACCCUCCCAUUUUUCCCUGAUUCACCAUCCUACCUCCUGAUACAGAAGGGUAAUGAGGAAGCCUGCAGGAAAGCCAUCAGGAAGCUCUGGGGGGAAGGAGACCAUCAAGCAGAAAUUGAUGACAUUAUGAAGGAGAAGGUUGCAAUGACGAGCACGAAAACCUUGCGUGUCCUCGAAGUAAUAAAAGAGCGAUCUUUGCGCUGGCAACUUUACAUUUUGAUGACUGUCAUGACCACCUUGCAGCUCUGUGGAAUCAAUGCAAUAUACUUCUAUUCUUUUGAAGUAUUCCACACAGCCAAGUUUGAAGAAUACCUUAUCCCAUACGUGUCCCUGGGAGUUGGGUUGUGUGAAUGCUUAUCCUCUAUACUGUGUAGCACCCUUAUAGACCGAUUUGGGAGGAAGGUGCUGCUGUGGGGAGGAUACACGCUGAUGUGUUCUGUGCUAGCACUCCUUACCAUGACCCUGUCACUGCAGCAUCAGUUUUUCUGGAUGCACUACUUCAGUGUUAUCUUGAUCUUCCUAUUCGUUAUCUUCUAUGGAAUUGGACCAUCUGGAGCCACUAUAUCUAUCAUGGUUGAAAUCUUCAGCCAGUCAUUCAGACCAUCAGCCUUUCUGAUUGUUGGCUGCAUCAACUGGAUGGGACUGUUUGUACUUGGGAUGAUUUUUCCAUUGAUUGUUGAUAACCUUGGACCCUUCUGCUUCCUUAUCUUUUUGGGAAUCCUGGCUUUAUCAGCAAUUUUCAUCUACCUGUACCUCCCUGAGACGAAGGGAAAGUCAAUCAUGGAAAUAAAAGCAGAGUUCAACAAGCUGAAUUUUGGAAAAAAAGAAACCUCAGCCACUGAAAAUAACUUUCCUAAGGAACAGUUGUUCUGCACCAAACUCUGA